AUGCUGGGACAAAAAUCCAUCACGGUUGACGGCGCGGAGGUCGGCAUAGAGGCCAUUCUACUCGGGGCCACGACGUCGAUUGGAGGCUUGCUCUUCGGCUACGACAUAGGCCAAAUAUCCGGAUUACUAUUGUUCGAAGAUUUUAAGCGACGCUUUGCCAAUCACCUGAACGAUGGGAGUUUCGAAUGGGGGCCUAUUUGGCAGUCGGUCCUAGUCUCGCUGAUGAGCAUCGGUGGUUUGCUCGGUGCGCUCUCUGGUGCAUACACCGCCGACUGGUGGGGACGACGACGAAGCAUUUUAUUCGGCGUGGGAGUUUUCAUUGUCGGUUAUAUUGUUCAGAUUACGGCCAUGAACAGCGGAUUUCAUAUGAUGAUGGGACGAAUCGUCACCGGCUUGGGAAUUGGUAACUUGUCCGUGGGUGUCCCUUUGUACCAAUCGGAGACGUCCCCCCCCGGGAUCCGAGGCGUAGUUAUGGCUUCGUACCAACUCAUGAUUGCAAUGGGCAUCCUCAGCGCGAGUACCGUAAAUUAUGGCGUCCAAAGUCUGGGAGCAAGGGAGGUCUCGUGGCGUGUCGUCAUCGGCAUCGGUAUUCUGAUGUCUCUCCCGCUGGCCUUUGGGAUCAUGUGCGUACCAGAGUCGCCGCGCUGGCUGGCCUCGCGAGGCGACUGGGAAGGGGCGCGCAUGUCGCUUGCUCGCCUGCGAGGCAAAAAACACGACCCUCGUAACGCUGUCAUUGAAGAGGAUCUAGGGGAGUUGAGGCAGGUUCUGGAGAAAGGGGGUCAAGUCAGCGAAGGAUCGUGGCUGGAGUGCUUUUCCACAUCAACAAACACGCCCAAGGUUCUGUACAGAACCCUGCUCGGGUUCGGCAUACAUUUUUUGCAGCAAUGGUCCGGGAUGAAUUUCUUCUUCUACUUUGGCGCAACCAUCUUUGGGUCUGCAGGUGUUCAAGACCCCCUCUUCACGCAGAAUAUUCUGGGAACAGUCAAUGUGUUUAUGACCUUGUAUGGCGUCUUUGUUGUCGAGAGGUUUGGACGUCGUUGGCCCCUUUUUAUCGGUGCCCUCUGGCAGGCUGGGUGGUUUUUUGUUUUUGCGGCCGUUUGCACUGCAAAUCCGCCACACCCAAAGACUGGAAUCAUCAGGAUUGUGUGUGCCUGUAUGUUUAUCGCCUCGUUUGCCGGAACAUGGGGACCGAUGGCUUGGAACGUUGUUGGCGAGAUAUUCCCGCUUCGUACACGUGCAAAGCAAGCCUCCUUGGCCACGGCAGGAAACUGGCUCGGAAAUUUCAUGAUUGGCUUUUUGACACCGGUUGCGUUUCGUGGAAUAGGCUACGCAUUUGGCUUUGUCUUUGUUGUGGCCAACCUGGCUGCGGCACUGCUUGUAUACUUGUGUUUGUAUGAGUCUCGGGCGCUGAGUUUGGAGGACGUGGAUCUCAUGUAUGGUCAGAAAGAGCUCAAGGCUUGGAACAGUUCCAAGUGGGUGCCGCCUGGGUAUGUCUCAGGAAGACAACGCGCUUGGCCGGCAGACGCGUCCAUACAAGAUGGCAAUGGUAGAGAAGUUGAGGAAAAUGCAUAA